AUGUCCUCACUGCUCCUAUCCAAGGCAUCGGGGAGCGUCUCCCUUCUCAUUUUUGGGACUGCCAUCUCUCUCGCACGAAAGGGGAUAAUUCAAGGAGCCUCAACAGUCCAGCGUCGCUUGCUCGUCUCCCUCGAGGUGCCUAGCAGGGAUCGUGCCCAUUCGUGGCUGCUGGCAUGGAUGGAUGAACAGGCAAGAAGACAACACCUUGCUUCACAGAGCGGGGGACAGAGGAGAGGGGAGUGGAUCAAGGACGGGCUGCAUCUUGCUGGAUUCGCUGGAAGUGCGCCUAGGCCAGUCAAGAUCAUCUCACGCGAUUUGGCCGUCAUCACCUCGACAGCCGCUGCAUCAGGCCCAACGGCCGCACAACAAGAGGCCGCAGCUUAUCAAUCAGGUGGGCCUUUGCCCUCGUCUCAGCCUCAGGCUACCAACACCAGACCGACCCGCUCCACCUUCUCCCUGGUCCCCGGCCCCGGGACCCACUUCUUCCGCUAUCGCAAUGUCUGGCUUCGUCUGGUACGGGAGCGGCACGGCAAGCUCAUCGAUGUGACCACCGGCGCGCCAUGGGAGACUUUGACGCUCACUACACUACACUCGUGUCGGUCUGUACUCCCUGCCUUGUUGGCCGAGGCAGAGCAGAUGGCUGCAAGCAAGGUUGAAGGCAAAACGACGGUGUACACUGCGUGGGGCGUCGAGUGGCGUGCCUUUGGUAAUCCAAGAAAGGCGAGGAGGCUAGAGAGUGUCGUCCUUCAGCGGGGACAGAAGGAGAGGCUUGUGGGGGAUAUCCAGGCCUUUUUGGGGAGAGGAGAGUGGUAUGCCAAACGCGGUAUUCCCUACCGACGAGGCUACCUGCUACACGGAUCGCCAGGGAGCGGCAAGACGAGCAUCAUCUCGGCAUUAGCAGGCGAGCUAGACCUCAACAUCUGCUUGCUGAAUCUAUCGGAGAGGGGACUGACAGACGACAAGCUUAACCACUUGCUCAGUAUGGCCCCGGAAAGGAGCAUCAUUCUGCUGGAGGACAUAGAUGCCGCUUUCCCCUCUCGCUCCCCGCCUUCGUCUGACGGCGCCGAGCAAAGCAGCGCAGCCACAAAGAGGCCCGGCGUUUCAUCUUCUGUCACGUUCUCCGGCCUGCUCAAUGCCCUAGACGGCAUCGCCUCGAGCGAGUCGCGAUUGGUAGUGAUGACGACCAAUCACGUCGAGGCGCUGGACCCUGCGCUGAUCAGGCCAGGAAGGGUUGAUCUUAUCGAGGAGUUGGGCGACGCGGAUGAGACGAUGGCGGGGGAUCUGUUUGAGCGCUUCUACGGGCAGGUGGGGAAGCUUGUGAGCUUCAAAGAUAGGCUUGAAAAUGCCGUCAGGGCUGUCAAUCAGCUCAGGCGCAAAGAGUUGGGCCUGGACGCUACCGGUAGAUACGCAGCGGGCAGCGAGAAGCUGACAGAAAAUAUCGAGGCUCACGAUUCUGUGACGAGUCGAAGGCAGCAGCGCAGCAAGGCGACAAGGCGGCCAGCAGCAAAAGGAGGAGUCAGCAUGGCCGAAUUGCAGGGUCUCUUCAUCCGCUAUCCUGACGAGGCCGUCGAAGCGGUCAGAGAGCUCGAAGACGAGGCUGGCGUCGUAGUGCCGGAGGCGGCGUAA